AUGUUAUCACUAAUUUUGCUUGUUUUAUUUCUAAGUACAUUUCCAUUUCUUCUUUUCUUUCUGAAACGUAAAAGAACCAAUAAUGCACCUUAUCCUCCUGGUCCUAGAGGUUUGCCAAUAGUAGGGAACCUUCAUCAGCUAGACAAUUCCAAUCUUUAUCUUCAAUUUUCAAAACUCUCAAAAAUAUAUGGACCAUUAUUUUCACUUCAACUUGGUUUAAGACAAGCUAUUGUUGUUUCUUCAGCUGAAAUUGCCAAAGAAAUAUUCAAAAACAAUGAUCUUUUGUUUUCUAAUAGACCUAUAUUAUAUGGUCAACAAAAACUAUCUUACAAUGGCUCAGAAAUUGUAUUUUCUCCAUAUGGUGAAUUUUGGAGAGAUAUAAGAAAAACUUGUGUUGUUCAUAUAUUUAGCGCCAAGCGUGUUUUAUCUUAUUCGUCUGUAAGAACGUUUGAGGUGAAGCAAAUGAUCAAAAAGAUUUCUAAUCAUGCUGCUGCUUCGGCUGUUACGAAUUUGAGCGAGUUAUUAACUUCUCUCUCGAGUACGAUAAUCUGUAGGAUUGCUUUCGGAAGGAAGUAUGAGAAUGAAGGAACAGAAAGGAGUAAAUUCCAUGGGAUGCUGCAUGAGUUUGAGGCUAUGUUGACAGCUUUCUUUGUUUCUGAUUAUAUUCCAUUCAUGGGCUGGAUUGAUAUACUAUCUGGACUUCGUGCGCGUCUCGAACGAAAUUUCAAGGAGAUGGAUGAGUUUUACCAAGAGGUUAUUGAUGAACGUUUGGAUCCAAAUAGAGAACAUGGAGAUGCAGAUGUUAUUGUUGAUGUCUUACUCCAAUUGAUGAAGCAACGUUUGUUUUCAAUUGACCUCACUUUUGAUCAUAUCAAAGGAGUCCUCAUGAACAUGCUUGUAGCUGCAACAGAUACCACAUCAGCGACAAUUGUUUGGGCUAUGACCGCGCUAAUAAAAAAUCCAAGAGUAAUGAAGAAAGUACAACAGGAGAUUAGGAAUUCAAGAACCAAAAACGAGUUUUUAGACGAAGAUGAUAUACAAAAUUUCACCUACUUGAACGCAGUGAUAAAAGAGACAUUAAGAUUGUAUCUACCAGCUCCAUUGCUUGUGCCAAGAGAAUCAAGAGAUAAAUGCACAAUAGGCGGCUACGAAAUUCCUGCAAAGACAAUAGUUUUUGUGAAUGCCUGGGAAAUUCAAAGAGACGCUAAUGUUUGGAAAGAUCCUGAAGAGUUUUACCCCGAGAGAUUUUUAGAGAGUUCGAUUAAUUUUCUUGGACAAGACUUUGAACUAAUUCCAUUUGGAACUGGUCGUAGAAUUUGUCCGGGCAUGCCUAUGGCAGUUGCAUCAUUGGAACUUAUCCUUGCUAAUAUUCUUUAUUCUUUUGAUUGGGAAUUGCCAGAUGGAUUGUUGAAGGAAGAUAUUGAUACCGAAAGGUUGCCAGGACUCACUCAACACAAGAAGAAUCAUCUUUGCCUUGCGGCCAAGUUUCCUGUGUAG